UUUCUCCGUAUCAAGAGGCGUAUGCGAGUCUCCGAAUCUAUUCAAAUUCCAGAGCCCCCUGAGCCGAGUGAUGGGGAAUAUCUCGAGGACGAUCCAGAAGCCCUUCAAACUGGACGAUCUCCUGCUCACAACGAAGUCCUCAUUACUUAUGACAUAGUGCACUCGCCAUCGUACCAGGUGCCCGUGCUCUACCUCACAGCCAAGUAUGGAUGUAAUUCGAGCUCACUCAGCAUAUCGGAAAUACACCGGCUUUUGGUCCCGGACGCCUUCAAACAGCAAGUCGAGGCUGUGGGUAUAAUGGGAGCCCUCAGCAUGACAGAUCAUCCCGUAACGAGUGUGCCCGUGUACUUUGUGCACCCUUGUCGGACGCAAGAGGCAAUGCAAGCGGUGUUGAGCGGCAGAGAAGCAGUUCCAGUGGAGUACCUUGCGCUCUGGCUUGGCUUGGCUGGCGGAAGUAUCGGGCUGAGUGUGCCUGUACCUUUGAUUCAGGCAUUGAAGCUUUGA